AUGGAUACUAGCUACCUAUCGUCACAGGUCUCGACGAUCAUAGAUCAACUUCAUGGUUUGUUCGACGAGAUUGGUGUUCCAUCUCGAGAGCGAGAGAGUCGAGAGUCGGAGUUAUUCGCUGCGCUCUCCGAUACCUUACACAACCAAGUACGAUUAGUCGCGACCGAGAAGAAUGAUCUGACCGAGGAAGCACACCGAAUCAUUACAACAAUCAAGCAGAUGGAAGCUUCCCUUGACGAUAAUAAGGACCAUCUUGAAUACGAACCCGAAGAUGAUGAUCUCAAAAUCACAUAUCCCUUGUUGCAAUGUCUUCAUGGAUUAAAAGAAAAACAUUUACAUAUUUCAAUGAUACAUAGAGAGAGAUUUGAACAAGUCAAGAAACUUGUCCAAGCUCUCGAAUCAUACUCAUCCCAUUUAGAGCCAUCUUUCAUUAAAAUUCAACUUCCACCCACAUCUCUCAACGCGAGUAUUCCUCCCACUUUCGACCUUUCCAACAACUAUGUGACCGACCUCGAUGAAGAAUUUACCCGCGUUUACGAAGAAUACACCCGCCGUGUGGCAAUGGUAAAGGCGACUGCGGAAAACAUCAUUCAACUAUGGGCUGAACUUGGCACCCCUCAAGCUCAGACCGACAGCGCAAUUGUCAAAUACUAUCGAGAUGCACCAGAGCAGCUUGGUCUGCACGAAGACGAUGUUUCCAGAUUGCGCAUGAAGCAAAGCAAAUUGGUGGAUGAGAAGAAAGGACGAGAAAAGCGACUGAGAGAUCUUCGUGCUACAGUGGAAGCUUUGUGGGUAAAGCUGGGUGUCGAAGAACCCGAGAAAAAACGAUUCUUGAAUGGCAACCGGGGAUGUGGCAUACGACAAAUCAAUGAGUUCGAAGAUGAAUUGUUGAGAUUGAAUGAGCUCAAGAGACAAAAUCUACACCUAUUUGUCGAAGAUGCCCGGUACAAAUUACAAGAGCUAUGGGAUGGUCUGUACUUUUCGGAGGAAGAGAUGCUUGAAUUCACACCCGCGUUCUCAGAUGUACACAGUGAUGCUCUUUUGGAAGCUCACGAGCAGGAAAUUGGACGUCUUGAGGCUCUCAAGGAACAGCGCGCACCUACUUUGGCUCUCAUCGACGAACAUCGAUCACUUGUCAAAGACAGAGAUGAUCUUCUAGCAUCAUCACAAGAUGCCAGUCGCUUAAUGAUGCGUGGCCAAAAGGGCGAAAAGCGUGAUCCAACACGUUUAUUGCGAGAGGAAAAGAUGAGAAAGAGAAUCGCCAAAGACUUACCAAAGAUUGCAGCAAAAUUGAAAAAGUUUCUAGAAGAUUGGGAGGACGAAUACGGACGCCCUUUCAUGGUUCAUGGGGAACGAUACCUUGAUGAACUGGAAGCUUCCGAAGUCAAACCUGCUCCAGGACCACGUUCAAAGACACCAGCAGGAGCGCCUCCAAAUACCAUGAAACCCCCUCCAAAAACCACUGUUAAGAGUGGAACUCUAGGCCGUUCUAACAGCGUGCCAAGACCUGCUCCACCAAGCAGAUCUGGCGCCAAAACACCAACCGCAGGAGGUACGCUAAAGAGGCAUCAGUCUUCCGCUUCCGUAUCUGCAGCAAGUGGUAUGAGAUCACCUUCCAGGCUCCCAAACCGCAUACCUUUGUCAAAUCUCAAUCUCCCCAACUCUCCAGAGCGCAGUCGACGACGAGCCGAAUCUGUCCAACCUGAAUCAAGACAUGCAACUAGCACAAUUCGAGGUAAAAUGGGUCCACCGCCAUCGAGAGCUCCACCUCCAAAGAUGCGUGAACUAUUUGAACCGCCACCACCCGCCCCUCCCACUCAAACAUAUUAUCAUCGCAAUGAGAGCUUUGCUUCUUCAGGUGGUAGCGUACGACCAAUCUCACCAGAAGACGUGUUUGAAGUUCCACCGCCAAAAGCUAAAGAAAGACCUCAAUCAUAUCAGGAUUUGAGAUCAUCAGUGCGAUCAAACUUCGGCCAAUCAUUAACGUAUGGUGCUGCACCGCCUGCCAACAGUCGUCAAAUUUCUACCACAUCUAGCUCCACAAACACUGCCUCUGGCUCUGAGAACUGGGAAACUUAUGGAGAUGUCUCUGAGACUGAGCCAGAAGAUGACUCCAAUGAGGAUUAUUUUGCAAGACUUCGAGCCGCCCGAGCAAACCGACACACUCCAGACGGUGAACCUCCUCAAUUCCGCGGUAGUGCUACUAUAAAUCCCGGUAUGAUGAAAAAGCAAAAGGGAUAUCCACUUUACAAAGGACCUGCUGGACAAGUCCUUAGUAACGAUCGGUUGUGCACUCGCAUUGUAUCUGGAAGCGAAGCCAACUGGACUGAUGAAGAUGCUUUCUAA